AGAACAUAUUUAAUUUUCUUUUCCUUCUGAUGCAGAGCCUAGCUGAGACAUUUUUUUUAUUCAGAACCACAGCAGCAUCCUUGGAUUCACUCUGGGCUAGUGAACUCAAAAUAACCCCAAAUGACGUAGACGUAUGGAUUAUGUGCCAUAUUCAGUCUCCCUCUGAUAACCGGGUCCAUUACGACGCCCGUAAAUUUGCCUCAAUCAAGAAUGAGUGGCUGUAGGGUAGCACGUCGCGCUGACCAUCCAACCGCGCUGUCGUCUCAUCGCAAACUCUUGUGCACCCUCUGGUGCUUGCUAGUCUCCAAAACUUCUUUGUGUUGCCUGCUUUGCAGAUUGUCUUCCUUGUCUCUGUGGUUGCUCAUUAUUCAGAGACAGACGGAUCUCAGGUCAUCUGCAGCUGCAGCAGAAGAGAAGGAGGAAAGAUGGCGAUCAUCCAUUAGACCGGGCACACGCAGGAGACACGGAACAACUUUUAAGAAGAUCGCUUUUCUGGACGAGCCCGAGUCUGUGAUCACCCGGGUAGCGGACGGCGAUGGAGGUUCUACAGUGUGAUGGCUGUGAUUUCCGUGCCGAGUCAUAUGAUGACCUCAAGACACACAUCCAGGAUGUCCACACAGCCUUCCUGCAGCCCACCGAAGUCGCAGACGGCACGCCGGGCCAGUCCAGAUCAGAGUCACCAAACUCCCUCAGCCAUGCAGAGGAGGACGAAGAAUUUCUCUCCACUGGGACUGAUGACGCAGGCCUCCACUCUGAGGACGCAGACUUGGGGCAGUUUUCCAACAACAAACCCAGGAUGCGCAGCCAGACAGUGAACCAGACGAACAAGUCCACCAAGCAGUUUUUCCAGUGCAAGUUUUGUGUCCGUUAUUUCAGAUCCGAGUCCCUCCUAAUGGAACACACCAGGAAGAUUCAUGGAACUGCUUUGGAGAGCAGAGAAAACUCCCUCCAGACUGCCAAGCAGACCAACUACAGCAUACGAGUGGCGAAGGUCUUUUCUUGCCAGCACUGUACAUUUAAGUUCACUCGCAAGUCCAAACUCCUGAAACACCAAAAGAAGUAUCACAAAGAUGUUUUGCUGGAUUCUACAGCAGCGUCACAGACAGAAGAGGAAGCUGAAGACACUGAAACUGCUGCAACGGAAACGGAAUCAGGUGACCUUCCUACUGAGAGACUUCUUGAAGAUGGACAAUCACAUGAUGAUGAUGUCCUGCGCAAAAAAUUGGAUGCAAUGUAUAAAAGUGUGUCCAAGUCCAGUGGAAACCUGACGUGUGAGUGGUGCGAUUUCGAGGCGACUAGAAAGGAAACGUGGUAUGACCACAUGACGAUAAAGCACGGCAGCAUGCUGAAAGUUACGACAUCACUGAAAGGGGAUUGCGAGUCAUCCAAGUCUGGAUUGUCAUCACCCAGAAGCAGUCCAACAUCCCACCUGAACGAAAACGACUUAAAUGGCAAUAAAGACACUACUGAAAAGGAUGGUGUGAAAUCUGCAUCAGGGAUAUCGUCUUUGCAUUAUGCUCAGAUCACAUCAAAAGUUCCCAACAGCACAGGCUCUUCCAUUCUGUCAGAUAGGGCAACGUUCGUCAUGUCCGACAUGUCCAAUUCCGCCUUAGACAUGGACGCUAGUUUGCUCAAUGAUUCCGGAAGCAGCUCAGAAGAAGAGGAACUCGAUGACAUUGAUGAUUCCAAUUACAAAGACUCUUUGUCGGCCGAGGAUUCCCUCAAACUGCAACUGUCGGAAGAGGACAAUGAAGUGCUUGAAACUAAAGGGGUCCCGUUUACACGGCACAUGAACAGGUUCAAGUGCCCUUUCUGUUCCUUUCUUACCAUGCACAGACGGAGUAUCUCCCGUCAUAUAGAGAACAUGCACCUGUCUGGAAAAGCGACUUUGUACAAAUGUGACGAAUGUGACUUCAUCAGUACCAGUCAGGUUAAGCUGGAAAGUCACAAACAAACAAACCAUAAUGGUUCGUCAUCGGACUGGGAAACGAUGGACUUGACAAGUGAAAGCCUUGGAGCAGAAAACGAGCGUGCAGAUCCCUUGAAUGGCGAAAGUGCAGGUUCAAAGGUCAAUGGCAGAAAACAAAGUUCCAGGAAAGUAACUGGGGAGAAAAAUCAUCGCUGCUCUCUCUGUAGCUUUGCUUCAAUGACAGUGAAAGGGCUGCGAAUACACCACCAGAUUAAACAUGCCUUCUGUGACGAAUCGUUGCAGGACGACACAGAGAGUUCAGUGAAUGAGCAGCAAGAAGAAGCAGAAGAAUCAGAAGCAAACAGCUUGACCCCUUUUGUACAAAAAAUCCAAACGUCAAUCUGGGGCAAUGCCUCCAAAAAGAACCUUGUUGGCAAAACGGCCAGAAAGUCCAUCAAUGACCAACCUCUAGACCUUUCCCCGGUUAAGAAACGAACAAGAAUAGAUGAAAUCGCCAACAAUCUUCAAAGCAAGAUCUGUCAGAACCAACAGCAGGAGGAUGUGAUCGACCUGGGAGAUGGAGAAGGUGACUUUGACCUGGACAAAAAUAACCACAACUUCAUGUUUAACCCAAGCGAUCUGUAUCUCAGAGCACCUGGGGAGCUGAAAGAGGGACGCAGGUCUGGGAAAAGAAAGCGAAAUCUGCAGGCAAAAGGUGCAAGACACAUUCCUGUUCAAGUGAUGCUUUCCGAUGACGAAGACAAUGAGAAUACUUUCGGCAUGGCUUCCGACAAAAGUCUCCUGCUCCAGAACAGCCAAGACGCUUUCCAAGAAUCCGUUGAGUACACGGAGGAACGCGGGAGCCUUUUCUAUUGCAAACACUGUGAUUACCAAAACAAGUCUGCGCGUAGUGUUAGCACGCACUACCAGAGGAUGCACCCUUACAUUAAAUUUAGUUUUAGGUACAUCCUUGACCCAGAGGAUCAGAGUGCCGUCUUCCGCUGUCUGGAGUGCUACGUAGAGUACACCAACUUCAAUGAUCUCAACCAGCACUAUAUGGAGCAUCAUCCAGGGGCUAGCAAUGUCUUGAACUUGAAUCAUCCCAACCUCAUAUACAUGUGUCGUUUUUGUUCCUACACCAGCCCCAACGUGCGUAGCCUGAUGCCCCACUACCAAAGAAUGCAUCCCACAGUGAAGAUUAACAACGCCAUGAUAUUCUCCAGUUACAUGGUGGAUCAACCUCAGAAAAGCUCUCAGGAGUCUCAAACACUACGGGAGAUCCUGAAUUCGGGACCCAAGAGCCUCUCUUCCUCCAGCGCUCCAGCGUCGAGGUCCUCCUCCAGCCCAUGCCUGAAGAUCGCCCCCAAAGCUCCAGAAUCAAGCUCAGAUACCGAGACACUUAAAGACACUAUAGCUGGAGGAAAUGUAGUGGUCUACGACUGUGACAUGUGUUCCUUUGCCAGUCCCAACAUGCACUCUGUGCUGGUCCACUACCAGAAGAAGCACCCAGAGCAAAAGGCGUCCUAUUUUCGUAUCCAGAAAACAAUGCGAGUCAUUUCGGUCGAUAGAAACCAGGCUUCAAGCAACUCUCACCAGCUCUCCAGUACCCCAAAACAAGCAAAUGCAGUGCCACUGGGUCCAGAAGAGGAUGUCUUCUAUUGCAAACACUGUGUUUAUAGCAAUCGCUCUGUGGUGGGUGUCCUUGUCCACUAUCAAAAGCGGCAUCCGGAAAUUAAAGUGACAGCAAAAUACAUCAAACACGCACCUCCAACACCUGGUCUCGUGAAAAUCAUGGACGAGCUACAGAUUGCUCCACCAAAGCAAUUCUUUAAACCGGCAAGCAGCAAUGGGGUGGGUAACUCGUCAACCAAAGGUGGUGGCGAAAAGGGAGAAGCUGAGAUGUUGUUUUUCUGCCAACACUGCGAGUACGGGAAUCGCACUGUCAAAGGGGUACUCAUUCAUUACCAAAAGAAGCACAAAGAUGUGAAGGCUAACGCAGAUCUAGUACGCAGGCACACAGCCGUGGUACGCAGUCAGAGGGAACGUGCUCAAAUGAUACAAUCUGGAUCUCCAUCCGUAGCCACCACUGUUUCUACUUCUGACAAGGAAACGUCACAGAAGCUAAGAUCCCUGAAGUGCAGGCAUUGCCCGUACACAUCCCCAUAUGUGUAUGCUCUGCGGAAACACUUGAAAAAAGAUCACUCCAAUGUGAAAGCCACAGCCAUAACCAUCCUCAAUUGGGGGUUUCAGGAUGGCAUCCUUGAAGCAGGAUAUCACUGUGAAUGGUGCAUUUAUUCCCACGUGGAGCCAGGUGGGCUGCUUAUGCAUUACCAAAGACGACACCCCGAGCAUAACGUGGACUACACCUACAUGGCCAGCAAACUCUGGGCCGGCCCAGACGCAUCCCAGCAAGGAGGUCUCUCAGACACCAAGCACUAUCAGUGCAGAGAUUGUGCAUAUGAAGCCACGUCUAUUUGGGACAUAACCAAUCACUAUCAAGCCGUGCACCCAUGGGCAAUCAAAGUCGACGAGUCUGUGCUGUUGGAGAUAAUCAAAGGCAAUCAAAUAGCUGACACAAUGCACCCAACCCUGUCAAAAGGUCACAUUCCUGCCGCCAUGUCGAGUCCCUUUGAUAGUUACCACGCAGAUAAGGAUGAAGGUCCGCUGGAUGUUUCCAGACCUUCCCAAGAGCGACUGUCCUUCACCACCACCUCCAUUUCAACCAGCCCUUAUCAGUGCACCGUGUGUCUGUCAGAGUACAACAGCCUUCACGGCCUCCUGACUCACUACGGCAAGAAGCACCCGGGUAUGAAGGUGAAAGCUGCCGACUUUGCUCACGAGUCCGACAUCAACCCCAGUUCAGUUUACAAGUGCAGACACUGUCCGUACGUGAACUCUCGCAUCCACGGCGUCCUCACCCACUACCAGAAGAGGCACCCUCUUGUCAAGGUCACCGCUGAGGACUUUGCUGAUGACGUCGAGCAAAUGAAGGAUUUGGUGAUCGAUGGGGAAGAAAAGUGCAAGACGCAAAGGCAGGGCUUCGGCGCGUACAGAUGUAAAAUGUGUCCUUACACCCAUGGCACUUUGGAAAAACUCAAAAUACACUACGAGAAGUACCACAACCAACCAGCCUCAGAUAUGUUCAACUCUGCUGCAAGUCCGUUUACCACCAGCAAAGAGGGACAAGCGGCCGAGUGCAGCAGUGCUGCGAGCGCUGCGAACGAGUCCCAAGAAGCACGUGACUUCGAUCUCACCCUCUCUCAGUUCGAGAAGGGAGAGAAGCACGCCGUCUUCCGGUGUCAGCUUUGCAAGUACUUCUGCUCCACCAGAAAGGGAAUAGCUCGGCAUUACCGUAUAAAGCACAACAACGUCAGGGCCCAGCCCGAAGGGAAGAACAACGUUUUCAAGUGUGCCCUCUGUCCCUAUACAAACCCCAUCCGCAAAGGCCUGGCAGCCCAUUAUCAAAAGCGUCAUGACAUUGACGCCUACUACACCCACUGUCUGGCAGCCUCCAAAGCCGUGACAGACACCCCGCCCAAGAUCACCAUGCCCGUGACCUCCGACACGGACGGGAUGAGCGAAGAACUGAAACUUGCCCUGGAGCGACGGAAGUGUUCCUUGUGUGCAUUUCAAGCAUUCAGCAGGAAAAGCAUCGUGUCCCACUACAUUAAGCGCCACCCGGGUGUCUUUCCCAAACGCCAGCACUCGAGCAAGCUGGGACGCUAUUUCACUGUCAUCUACCAAAACGACAAAAACGGAUCCUCCAACGUUGAGGAUGAAAGGGAAUCAUCCAAGCUCAAGUCAGAGGCCGAGCAGGAGAAGGACCUUGAAUGGCUACCUUUCAAGUGCUUGAAAUGCCACAAGCUCUGCUUCAGCUCCGCAGAUUUACUCUGCAUGCACUACAACGACUACCACAGCCGAGACCUGAGGCGAGAUUUCAUCACAAUUGCCAGUCCGGAGCAUGGCGGCGUAGGAGGCGGAGAAGGAAGCGGCAGCGGCAACUCAGAAUUCUAUCAGUGCGCCCACUGCGACCUCAAGUUCCUGGUCCUCACUGAACUCACAAACCACCUGAUGGAUCACAAUGAGGAGAGCCAGAAGCGGGCCAUGAGGCAGGAGCGCAGGAAGCAGCUGCAAAGCAAACAGAAGGCUGCCGAGCAAACAGAGGCCAGACAAGAUAAGGUGGAUGCCAACGCUGACCAAACUCCCAUAGGCUAUCGGUGUAAUUUCUGCGUGGAGGUUCACCCCACCCUCAGAGCCAUCUGCAAUCACCUGCGCAAACAUGUGCAGUAUGGGGAGGCCAAAGAGGGACAGCUGAAGGAUGUCAGUGAGAUGUCUCUUCCAGGCGUGGAGGACAGCGUAUCCAAUGGCAACCCAGAUGACAUGUUGCCCGUAGACGAGGAUGCCGCCACGGCAUCACCAGAUGUGGACGUAUUAUCCGUCACCGACGUAGCAGCAGCCCCCUCUGUGGAUGCGGUCGCCAUUGCCAUGGAAACGGGGGAGAAGGCCGUGAUUCCGGGCGCCCCAUUGGCAGAGGAGGAGAAGGAGCAGCGGGUCGGGGGUCACCCGUGUGUCCAGUGCGACCGCGUGUUCAUGUCCAUGCAGGGCCUGCGCUCUCACGAGAGGAGCCACUCCGCUAUGGCGCUCUUCUCGCGUGAGGACAAGUACAACUGCCAGUACUGCCAGUUCGUCUCCCCCUUCCGACACAACUUGGAUCGUCACAUCCAGUCUCACCACGGGCACCACAAGCCUUUCCGCUGCAAGCUCUGUCCCUUUAAGUCUGCUUAUCUGCGGCGACUGAAGAGUCACCUGGCCAAAGCACAUGCAGGUAAUGACGCAGGUGAGAACCCCUACAAGUGCUUGACCUGCUCCUUCUCCUCGGCCACCAUUAGCCAGCUGAAGGACCACUCCCUCAGGGUGCACGGCAAGAUGCUGGCCCUGCCCAAGCUCCGCGCUGGGGCCGCGCUGCACACCCCGCGCUCCCUCCUGACUGGGGACCUCAUGACCUUGACGCCGGAAGGGGAAGAACCAGGCUACCUGGAGCCGGCUGAUGUGCAGCAGCAGCUGAGCCACUACCAGCUGGCGUCACGUAACCAUAGUAACCAGAUGGCCUGUAGUCCCCCCUCCGCCUCUGCCGUGCUGGCCGAGUCGCGGCCCGAGCAGAGCACCAUCCUCACCUGCGAGUUCUGCGAGUUCAGCUCCGGCUACAUGCAGAGCCUGCGCCGACACUACCGCGACCGCCACGGGGGCAAGAAGCUCUUCAAGUGCAAGGACUGCUCCUUCUUCACCUGCUACAAGUCCACGUUCACUAUCCAUGUGGAGGCAGGGCAUAACAUCCCCCCAGAGGAAGGACACAAAGACCUACGCUGCCCCUUCUGUCUCUACCACACCAAGUGCAAAAGCAAUAUGAUUGACCAUGUCGUCCUGCACAGAGAGGAGCGCGUGGUGCCCCUGGAGGUGUCUCGCUCCAAGCUGUCGCGGCACCUGCAGGGCCUGGUGUUCCGCUGCCACAAGUGCACCUUCACCUGCUCCAGCGACGAGAGCCUGCAGCAGCACAUCCACAAGCACAACGAGAUCAAGCCCUACCAGUGCCAGCUCUGCUACUACGACACUAAGCACAAGCAGGCUCUGGAGGAGCACCUGAGGGACGAACACAAGGUGAUUCGCAACUUUGAGAUCAUGGGCCGCGUGUGCCUGGAUCAGAUGGAGGCGCUGAAGGAUAGCAUGACCAGCCUCAGCAGCGAGGAGGAAGAGGACGAGCAGGAGGAAGAGCAGGAGCCAGAAGUGGAGACUGUAAAGGUGGAGGAGGAAGAGGAGGAGGAGGAGGAGGAGGAGGAAGACAGGAAGGACAUGUUGGUGGACGACAAGAUGGACGUCGAAGUGGAAGAGCCGUCUGAGAGGCCUGAGCCUGAAGGUGGUGGCCCUUCAGAGGUGGCCGUCUCCCCUGGUAGCAGUGGGACCGUCUCCCCGGUCAAGGAGAAGCGCUUCCCCUGCGAGUUCUGUGGCCGCUCCUUCACCAACCGCGCCGAGUGGGAACGUCACGUUCUUCGUCACGGCAUGUCCGUUAGUGACAGUUCAGAUGCCAGCCUUAUCCCAGCAAUAGCAGCGCCUCCUCAGCCCCUCACUGGCUCUGUUUCUACAAGUGGCAGGGGCGCCGGCCAAUCCAGCAGUGCAGCUGACGAGGAGACUGAUUAUCCAACAGAUCUCUCAAACAGUACCUUUUUGAAUGAAAAAAACAAAGAAAUGCUUGACCAAAAAUGAGCUGUAUGGGGUGGAAAAACCCUUGAUGUUGCUGUGAAGCAUUCUGGAAUCGUCAGAAUGGGCUGCUUCAUGCGUAGAAUGACAAAAAAUGGCUCAUUUUAACCGUUAUUUUAAACCAUUGUUCGAUUUUUAAAGUGUUGCACAUAAGGUUGUAGUCCAUCAGUUGUUAACAAGUUUAAACCCAUGAUAAUAACUUGGUCCCAUUGGACAUUUUUUUAAUAUAUUGGUAACCAAUAGCGAUUAGAACUGUGACGUUGUCAUCAUCUGGGUCAAAUCUCAGCUUCCUAUUGGUGGUUCUUUCAGAAGACGGGAAAAGAAUGUAUUAAAAAAAAAAGAGAAAAAAAAGAGGAGUGAAGUGCCAGCUCCGCACCUUUGAGAGCUGAAUCUGAUGUGUUACCUGAUUCACUAGUGCCGUACACAGGGAGGACAUUGUAACUCAUGUCCCAUGUAGUGCACUUCAUAGUGAAUAAUGUGGAACAUUCUAGAUUCAGAACUUUGUAAUAGUGUUUAGCAGGAAGUGACCUUUGCCCUAUUUAUUAACUAACUUUAGCGACGGAGCUUUAGUGUCCAAGGCUGCUCCAUUUUGUUGUCCUCUAAAAAGUGCUUUCCGAUGUCCUCAUCAUUUGCUAGUGCUAUAGCACACAUGCAGUUGCAACUCCUAGUUUUUAUACGUCCAUCCUCUUUAUUUUUAGAAAUUUAAAAAGUUGAAUUAACAAACAAAUUCUGUCUCAUGGCCCCAAAACUGUGUGUUCAGUGUGUCGGCAAUGAGAUGAAUGCCAGUACAGUCUGCGUUCUAUAAAUAUUAGAACAAACAUACAGUAGUGGCACAGGGUGGGCCAUAACCAAGCAAUGCACGUCGAGCAACACGCGUUUCAGCGACUGGGAAGGGGCUGAUGGCUGCUGUAACCUGAUUGCCUGUGCUGCUCAAAAAAAUGCACCUUUUUUGCUAGACUGUAUCUGGAAUGUUGUUUUUAAUUGUCUUGAAAGUUAGAAAAAAAGGUUUCUGUGAUUUGACCUAAAUGAUUUGUUUUUGUUUUUACGUUUUUUAAUAAAUGUUUUUAUUUUGACCCAAUUUUUUAUUACCUAGGUAAAUUCCAUUAGGAAUAAAUGAUGUGUUAUUUAUCUUAACGUCAAAGGAAGUAUUUAAUUUGAAAUUGAUCUUAAGAUAUUGACACUGGCCCUGAAAUUGUGUAGCAAAUUGCUACUGAUAUUUGUGAUAUGUUUCACUCCCCAGAAGGCCUGUACAGCCUUUCCCUGCACUUCCUAAGGCUCUCUGCUUUUAAUGGCUUCCAACAUCCAACUACUUUCAGGGUGGCAAUGGAGAGACAAAUGCUUUCCCUCGGCGUGUAAAACAAGGACAAGAAAGGUUGUGUGCAUAUGUGUGCAUUGUUCGUACAAAUACACACUGUACAUGUCAAAUUGUCAGGAAAUUUUAAUCAACACAACAUUAAGCAACAGAUUCAGCUACAGCCAAUUCCAUUCAACAGCAAAUAAUACCUUGUGUUGUUUGACCAAAGUCUCCUUGAAAAAAUGAGUAGGUAUAACAAAUGUAGCUAUACAUACUGUAUCUCAGGUAUACCUUCAAAGUGGAAGUUGUUUUUUAGUGUACUAAGAAUUGUAUUCCGGUCUUGCAAUUAGCUGUGAAUUUUCCCCGUCCAACGAGCAACUAUAUACUAAGUGGGUUCCCAGGAUAACAAAAUAUGGAUGUUAACUCUCGAAAUUGAUGUUGGUAUUCUCAAAUAAGAUGAUGUUCGUGUGAAGAUACAUACAACCAGCGUAGAGGGUAUUUAUUUACAGAAAAGUGUAAAACAAAAGUGAGACUAGUUUGCUGUGGGAAGCAAAACUUGACAUCUGCCAUCCUGUGGCGAUGACAUGGAAGCCGAGCAUGCCAUCACUUUAUUGUUACCGGGGAAACGUAAAAGCAAAGUUUGUAUGUAUUGGAAGUUGCUGCUCUGAUACCCCAAAGCCUUAUUAUUAUUGUUAUUAUUAUUAUUAUUAUUAUUAUUAUUAUUAUUAGGUCCUCAAAUCAAAUGUUUCAGCUUAACCUGCUCUAUUAUUUUUUUGUUUUAAUGUCAGAAGUAGCCAGACACCAACAAACAGCAACAAAGAAAAAAAAACAGAUAUCAUGUAAUGAAAUGGGAAAAGACUACUCGGAAAACCCAAUAUGUUUUUGUCCAGACUUUUGUUUCGAAGAAUAAAGCAAGAGGAUAACAUUGGCCUCAUUGGUACCAAAAGUGCCAGCUUUAUUUGAUCCGCUGGCUGUCGUUGAGAUUGUCUUUCAUGAGCAAUGAACGAUAGGAAGGGAGAACCCAAGUGCCAUGCGGAGCAUUCGGGCUCUCAGCAUGCCGAAUGCAGCUAUGUAUAGAACUACUCGUCAAGUGUUUGAAACUGUGGUGUUUCAGAAAAAACUCUUUACCUUCUACCCCCAUAAAUGUUAUCCUGUGACACAAACAGCAACAAAAAAAAGCUAACUUUUAAAGUUUUUUCCAAUCUCAAAUCAACCCUUCAAAGCUGUUAUUAAGAAAAGCGUCUUGUUAAAAGAAUCUCUCGUUUUUGUACCUUAAAAUACUGAAAGUUGUUUUGGUGACUUUGCUUUUUCAUCCCUCUCUUCCUUUAUAAGGAGUAGCUAUAGCUUUUGGAAACUACAAGUUUUAGAAGAAGAAGAAAAAAACAAGAAACAUUGGACAAAUAAGCUUUUGAGUGACUGCUAAAAGAUGGCAGUCUGAUCCAUUACACACUGGAUAUGUGUAAAUAUUUUAGUUUUUUUGUCUUUCCAUCUCCUCUGACUGUUGAAGUUCAUCAUAGACUUAGCUCCUACAUCUUGCCUUCCUCCUCCUGUGAAAUUUGGUCCAAGAUGGUGGGUUUGUCAUGUUGCCUAGAAUGAAUGUUUACAAUUUUAUUCCAUUUAUUUCUGGAUGAUGUAAAUAUUGUAAUUCAUUGUCUUUUUUUAACUUGUUAAUAAAGUUAUCAAAUAAUA